UCAACUAGUGCAUUUAAAAACACAAUGCAAAGCAGUAGAUGAAAAGUGCAACGAAUGGGAUUUUUGGUCCCACUGUAAAAAUAACAUUAUGAAAAGAGUAUGCAAAGAUGAUAAAACUAUAAGUGAAAUUAAACCAUGUAAAGGUUGUGGGAAAUGGGGUGAAUGGUCCGAAUGUAUUAAUGGAAAGAGUCACAGAAUAUUAACUAAUUGUGAAUUUAUAGAAGAAGUCAAAAAUUGUGACUUAAAUAAAGCAGGAGCUAGCACAUCCAAUGAAGAGGACGGACAUAAAAAAAAAGACAAUGCUAACAAUUAUAUUGCUGUUGAAGAUAAGAAUAGUAAUUAUAUGAUAACAAAUAAACCAUUAAGUGAUAGUGAACAUAUGAAAAAACAUAAUAAGAGUAGUAAUAGUAAAUUUAUACGCAAUGGUAGUAAUUUAAAUUCUGAUACAGAUUUUGAUACCACUUUCCACCAUAAAAAUUAUAAUGAAAUAAAAAGCGAGUCGGAAAAAUCAUUAUCCGAAUUAGAUAACUUAAAAAUGGAUAUAGAUAAACAUUUUAAUAAAAAUAACAACUUGACACAACAUAAUAUAGAUAACAAAAAAAACGAAAUCGAUAAUAAUAUUGAUGAUUUAACAAAGAUAAGAAAUGACACAUAUAAUCAUUUUGAUGGUGAUGAUCAUAGUAGUAUUGGUUCUGAUAAGGAUUUACCGUCCACUAGUUUUAAAACAUUUAGUCCAAAAACAUAUUAUCCGAAUCAAAAAAAAGAGGCGAAUAGAGAUUAUACUUAUCAUAUGUUAGAAACUGAUAAAUUAAAUAAAAUAAAAGGAGAAGAAGAAGAAGAAAAAGAAGAAAAAGAAGAAAAAAAAGAAAAAAAAGAAAAAGAAAAAGAAGAAAAAGAAGAAAAAGAAGAAAAAGAAAAAGAAGAAAAAGAAGAAGUUUGUAAAGAAGGUGAUGAAAACUGU